AACGAAGACAGAAUAUUGGAAUGACGUCAAAAGCUGCAGCUUCAAGGAGGUUUAAACAAGAGUACUAGUUCGUUCUUCAUACCUUGCACUCGCGAUAAAAAGUAACGCUGAUAGUUCGUAUCCUAUGACAGUUGCUUAUAAACCGUUGCAUGGAGUGAAUUGGUGUUUUCCUCUUAAUAAUAUGCGAGCACAUUAUUAAAUAAUUUGUAAUAGCAAAUGAAAAGAGACCUUUCUUCAUCUAUGUAUUAGCGUCAAAACGGAUGUAAACGCUUUUCCAUCGCGUUAGGAAAUCGCGUUUUCCAUAAAACUAUUUAAGUAACCUAAGUGUUGGGUGUCACAAUUCAAAAGAAGAUGGUGCUUUCGGGAUGUUAUGGAUUCGCCAAAUAUACGCUACUCUGCAUAAAUCUCAUGUAUUCGGUUGUAGGUCUGACAAUAGAAGGUCUUGGAAUAUGCAUACUAACAAGUCAAACAUUUCUGAUGUCUCUGGCACAAGAGCAGCAUAAUUUCAACUAUGGUCUCUACAUCAUGAUCUUUACCGGGUUCCUAAUGCUCGUAGUCGCUUGUCUCGGUAGCUACGGCGCUUUCCGUGAAUCCCAAUGCAUGUUAGUCACUUUCUUUAGCUGCCUGCUAGUGGUUAUCGUUGCACAAAUCGCAGCUGGAGCCUGGUUAUACAGCAACAGUAACCGCCUCGAGGAACUUGUCAAGUCUUCCGUGAUAAAUACCGUUAAGAAUAAAUAUGGCGUAGACAAUUCUUACACAGAGACCGUAAAUGCUUUUCAAUCGGAUUUGGGAUGUUGUGGAGCUAUUGGUCCAGCAGACUGGAUAGGUAGCAAAUAUGCGACCAAAGAUCCCUCGAUUCCUGUUAGUUUAACCGUUUCCGGGGAUGCAAAUAAUGUAUACAAAGUACCCGAAUCUUGCUGCAAAGACAAAGACAGUGACGCUUGCAAAAUAGCCCGGAAUAUUAAAGUGGCCAGUGUAGUUAGUCCAGCAAUUUACAGCGAGGGUUGCAUAGACAAGCUGAUGGAUGCAUUGAUCAGUCAGAAGAACAUUUUAAUCGGCGUCUUCGCUGCUAUAGGCAUUUUGGAGCUACUUGGACUGAUACUUUCCUUGGUUUUGAGCUGCCCACUUGGUUCUUGCGACAGUUACAAAGCUUGAAUGCAAUAAAUCUGUAGGCAUCGAUGUAUAAUUCUUCCUUAUUCUACGUACUGUCGUGUCACAAUUUUUUAACUGAUAUCGCGAUAUUUGAUCUUUGUGCCAAUCCGUAGGUUUCUUAUAUCUGUUCGUAGAAUCUGAUCAAAAUUCUCGAAAGAAAGAAGAUUCUCGAGCCGAGAUUUCAAGAAAACGAGAAUUCUGUUUUAAUAUCCAAAUUGAAUCUCUUGCAUUGUUUUGACGUAAUUAUUUAUAUGCUCCUCGUGAGAUUUUUAAACGUUGUAUUACUAUUAUUA